UUUCAGAUCCAGCCUAAUGACAGGAGGGAUCAAACGAGGUGUCACCAACCCGUGGCUCUUGGAAGAACCAGAGGAAACCAGAGGGCUUGGCUUUGAUGAUCUCAGGCAGCAGCAGAGAAGGAUCAUAGAAGAACAAGAUGCAGGACUUGAUGCUCUUUCUUCAAUCAUAUCACGGCAAAAGCAAAUGGGACAGGAAAUUGGGAAUGAGCUGGAUGAACAGAAUGAGAUCAUCGAUGACCUCACUAACCUGGUGGAAAACACGGACGACAGGAUCCGCAACCAGACCCGGCACGUGAAGGUGGUGGACAAGAAAUCAACCUCCUGUGGAAUGCUGGUGGUGAUCGUGCUGCUGCUCAUCGCCAUCGUCGUGGUCGCUGUCUGGCCAAUUAACUAACACAGAACCAGGGCUGGUGGGAGCAGCUGCUCCACACCGAGCACAAGGGCUCCAGAGAACAGCCUGACUGUGCAGAGACCUUCUGUGUUGGAAAUAACCUCAGCAGUACCAGACUGAAGCCGUGUCCGCCAGACAUCCGCUCUCCUUCAGUGCGCAGCUGAGCAGAGCUGUGUGAUUUGGAGGAUUUCAACAGGAAAAGGGCUCUCUUCCCACCUUCCUCUGGCACUCAGGCAGCAGUAGCUGUACAGUGGAUACAUCUCUCCUGCAUCUGUGUCUGAGGAUGUGCUGGUGCCACCUGCCCACCUGCCACCACUUCUGCUGAGCUCAGUCGUCCCGAGGGCUUUAAAAUACUGAAAUGCAGGAGUGGUUUGGAGUGCAGUGACAUUCCUCUGCUUCCUGAUACCUUCCUUCAGAAUGAAAAUGCUUAACGUUUUUCAAGGAAUAGUCUCGGGGAAUGGCUGCACCUGGUUUCUCACAGGGUGGAAUGUGAGAGCCCACAGAGCCCUUUGGGAGCAGCAGGACCCCCGUGGGCUGCACGGAAUCACUGGUGAGUCAGACCAGAGUUAUUGGGGAGUUAUUGAUCUCCACAGAGAGAAAUGUGAACAGCAGCAGGACUCACAGCAGGCAUGUGAGGGUGGAGAGCCUUGCCCUGGUGUCCUCCCCACAGGCUCUGCCAGGCUGACCACGGGAGAUGUACCAUCAUUAACGUCCUGAUCUCGGUGAUUGAGCUCUGCCUCUUCCUUUAUAACUUCUCACACGCUGUUAAAGCUGAGAGGAAGGAUUACCCAUCUCAAAACUAAUGAAAAAGAAGUACUGAACGUUUGCUUCUGGCCAAGAAAAUAAUUAUUUUGUUACACGUGUCAGUUUGAUUUCAGCAUUAAUAGAGCAAGCAAUAAAUACUGAAUAAAAGCCUAUCCAUUUAUUUACAAUUUA